CAUCGCACUGCCGUCCUGGGGGGGAAAUGUCCAGCGUUUGGUUUGGAGCCCGUCCAUCUCCGCGUGCGGCUGUGGAAUUUUCCCGGUGACGAGAUUACCUGCAGGGAGGAAGUUGGUCCUCGGACUGGCUGUGACGCGCUUCCGGUGACGUCCGCCGCGCUCGCGUAAGUGUCCUCUGUGUGCUAGCCGUGUUACGCUAGUGACGUCCUCCUCCAUCCAGCCCGGCGGAACGCGUCGCCCCGGCAGUGGUUCGCGGCGCCAGGUCGACGUCCAAAAUGCAGUCUUCCGUCUUUGCUGGACGACUAGUGAAGCAGGCCUGCCAGGCAGCGUGGAGACCAGCGGUGACGGGGCUGACAUCAGUUCGUGGAUACCGGGGAGAGGCGCCCGAGGACUCCAAGAGUGACCUGAUAGAGAUUCCUCUGCCCCCGUGGGAGGAGAAGAGCGGAGAGCCCAUUGACAUCAAGAGGCGGCGCUUGCUUUAUGAGAGUCGCAAGAGAGGCAUGCUUGAAAACUGCAUAUUGCUCAGUCUCUUUGCAAAGCGGUACCUGAACACGAUGAGUGAGCUGCAGCUGAAACAGUACGACAGACUGAUUAAUGAGCCCAGUAACGACUGGGACAUCUACUACUGGGCAACAGAGGCCCAGCCGACCCCCGACGUUUACCAAGGAGAGGUCAUGGACCUACUGAAGGAGUUCACCAAAAAUCGGGACCAUGAACAGAGAUUGGACGCACCCAACCUGGAAUACCUGGACAAGGAAAGCCAAUGAGGCCGAGGCCCCCGGGACCCUCUGAGAGACUGUGUGUAUAAGCGGUGUGCAAAAUACAAUCCCACCAACAACAACAACAACAACAACAAAACACUUCCCCAGGUUGCGAUCCAUCCAGUCCACUCCUGGUCCUGCAGAGGAGGCGUAUGUGAAGGAGUGGAGACAAGCUGGAAGUAAAUACAUGUACUGUACAUAUAGCGGGACGUAGCUCAGCAUGGGAGGGGUGCCCCUCAUACUACAUAUGCCCUGUUAAAUCACUGAUCUGCUGGGCCUUAAUACACAAAUAAUGAAUGUAAAUGUUGUGUAACGUCGUGUCCGAUUAUGAGGGACCUGUCUUUUAUGUCGAUUGGUUAAAUACCCGGGAUAUUAAGUACCUAGAUGAGCUGAUUCAACCUUUCCUUGAUUUAAACAAGCUGAGUACUGUGAUCUGUUCUGCACGGACCACACAUGCAGACCCGUCCAACGUUGGCCGGGACCUCUGUUGUGUAGUGGCUGUACAGUGUGUGUCAGUGUGGUGUCAUUUGGGUUUAAUUUAAUAAAUUUUGGAGCGUGUA